AUGUACAUGAGUAGUAGCGCAACAAUGGGAUUUCCGUCGACACCACUUGAAGCAAAGCAAGCGCUCGGUAUUUCCGCCUCCUCUCUAAAUGCAUCUGUUGCCCGAUCGGGUAGUCCAAUGCUCACCAAUUAUCAAACACAACAAUUCUCAUUUGCCAAAUGUAUCGAACAAUGGAAAAGUAAAGAAAUCUGCCGAUGGAUUGAAGGACUCGGCGAUCAAAUGAACCCAUAUCUUGGAAUGAUUCGAGAUAAUAUAAAAUCAGGAAAACAACUCGAAUGUUUGGAUGAUGAUUCAUUGAAAAAGAUUGGCAUAUCCGCGUUAGGCGCAAGAAAAACAAUUCUACAAUCAAUAAGUCUUUUGAUGUAUCUAUGUUAUGAAGCGGAAAAUGAGAAUCUUCAAAGGUUAGCUCACAAAGUUCGACUAAGUUGUGUUUACCUCGAAAAAACCAUGAGUUCUGCAAUUCGUCAAAGAGAAAAAGCAAAUCGUCGCGCAGAAAUUGUCAAUAUUCUAAACAGUGUUUCAAACGCCGUGUUACAAGUAUCCGAUAACACAAAGAAAUUAGUAUUUUGGCUUGAUCGAACACCAUUCGAUGAAAUCACAACCUAUAUUGAAACUCGAAAUAUAAUUUCAUCACUGAUGUGGAAUCUUCUUCGAAAUGUGAAUGUUCAACCAAAAGCGCUUUUUGAAACCGGCCAACAAAUUAUCAAGUUGGCUAAAGAAUUAGGAGAUGAAUGUCAAAAAAUUGUGGAAAGUGAUGAUUCUUUGAUCUUGUAUUCGAGUUUUGUCGAAGUUGCGAUGAUGAAAAGAGCUUCCUCGAGUGUAAGCUGGGUAAGUUCUAGUUUAAAGUUUUGUUUUAAAAACAUCUGCUUAUUCAUUUUCUAUUUCAGGGUCUAAAUAUUCAAUCAUCAUUCCGAGGUGUUCAUGUUAUAAGUGAAAUAAAAGAGGGAUCUCCAGCCGAUGCUUGCACAAAAAUCGAUGCCGGCGACGAAAUUCUAAUGAUAAAUGGCAAAACUGUUGUCGGAUGGGAUUUGAUGAGUGUUGCGCAGAAAAUUGGAGCAAAUGAUUCGGGUGAAAUGAGUUUGAUUAUCAAACGACGGCCGAGAGAGCCACAACUCCCGAAACAGUCGAAAUUGGCGGCGAGAGCUUUGGCGCCAGCGAGUCAGACAACUAAAACGUAUUCUACUGAUGAGUAUGCGGAUCCUUUUGAGGUUUGUUCAUUUGUCGCAGCUCAAAAUUACUCGCUUUCGGCAAACAUCGAGAAAUUUGAUGUUCUUUGAGUCCAGAAAUUGAAAAAUCCUAAAAAUUCAGUGGAUUUUUCAUUAGAAAUCCUCAAUCUUUGAAAUUUUCAGCGAUUUUGACUCCAAUUUUCACUAAAAAAAUUCUAAAAAAAAUACGUUUCAAAAUUUUUAUAUUAUAUUUUAUAAUCCAAUAUUGUUUCAAUAUCGAUUUCCAAAUGCAUGGAAGAUUCAAAACCAAAAUUUGGAUGAAAAUUCAGAAGUUAUCUUCUGCAAAAACCAGUUUCCAAAUACAAAUUUUUUUGAUUCGAAAAAAACACACAUGACUCAUUUCAUUCAAUGAUUCAUCUCCUCUUUUUUUCCAGAAUUCUGAUAUGAUUCCAAUAAAACGUCAUCGAUCGCAUCACGCGCUUUCCGAAACUGUCAAAGAGAACGAGAAAAUGUUGAAAAGAGGGAGAAGAACUUUGCGAAGAGGAUCGGUAGCUUCAGCGACACCAAGUAAAGAGAUCAAGAAUUUGGAAGAGACGCAGGGAGAUUUGAGGUGGGUGUUUUUCACUGGGGAAUUUCACGGGAUGAACUUUUGAGAACCUUAAAAUAAAUCAUUUUGCAGAGAAGAGAUUGAUGGCGAGGAAGAAGCUCUGGUGCCAAGAAUUGCAAAACGAGCGAGAACUAUGAGACAUCAACCAGAUGGAUAUGUGAGAAGUUUUAUUGAUAACAAAUUAGUUUGUGAUAUUGAGGAUGAUGUGGUGAAUGAUCAACUCACUUUUAAUGUUAAAUGUGAGUUUGGUUAAGUAUUAUUGAUCUCUCUGUAACAAAAAAUGUUACCCUUAGACUGUCCAAAAAUACGAAAAGUAUCGCAGUUUUCGAAAAAUCAGCUUUGAAAAUGGAAUUCUGAAUUUGAUAUGAUUGAAGUGCAAAAAAAUAGCUUUUGAAUCUGGAAAAUCCAGAAUUUUCAAUGAAUUUUUUUAUUAAUCAAUAUUUCGGCAAAAGUUUUAAAAAGGUUAUACAAUUAUUUUUCCAGGUCCCACUGAAUUCGCGCAAAUCAAAGAAAUCACCCAAGAAGAACUCCGUUCUCUAAACAUUUGCGAACCUCGAAUAACCGAUGAUGAAUGGCGAGCCCCAUAUCAAGAAUUUGCUAGCCAAAGUUAUCGAGCAAUCGGCGACUCGAAUAUCUCCGCCUACAGUAUUCUCGAUUCACCGCGUUUUGUCAGCGGAAGAAUGACGUCAUCUUCGAUUGAUGAAACGGGAAAUGCAAUGGGAGUGUUGCCAAGCCCUUCAACAUCUUCGAUGAAUAGUGUGAGCAGUCCGGCGCCAUUCGGAUUUGCGGCGGCAAGAAAUAAUAUGUCACUCAGUAUGACUGAAUGGCCGUGCGCUUCUUCGGAUGAUUUGCCUGGCUCGCCAGGAGUUGCGAAUUAUAUGGGAAUGGAAAAAUUGUUCGAAGGUUGGGUGAAGCGGCGAAAAACGCGUGCCGAAUUAUCAGCAAAUGAGGUGACGAAUAAAUGGCCGAAAUGUUGGAUGUGCCUAAAGGGACACUAUCUUCUCCUAUUCUCCAAUCAAUAUUCAAAACGGCCGGAUAUGGUGAUCAAUUUGGUGAAAGCGACGAUUUCGGAUUCAACCGAUUUGAAAACGUCGAAAAAGAAUAUAUUUCGAAUCACUUGUCCGCCGCUGGAUUAUCAUUUUUCGUGUCUGACGUCGAUUGAUUGGAAAAACUGGAUUCAAAAAAUGAAAGCGGCUAAGGAUAUUUACUCAUCGUCUGGAAUGUCUUCAACACUUCCUGGACAAAGGCAUAUGUCUACCUGUGAGUUUCAAUAAGUUUGGGAUUUUUCCUCCUAAUUUUAUUCUGAAAAACCCGAAAUUUACUGAAAAUUAUCAAAAAUAUAAAAUUUUUGUGAGAAAAAAUUAGCCUAACUUGGGAAAAAUUAUUCUCAGUUCAAAAGUUGAUCUCCAAGCGCCGUGCCAAGCCACAGUGAGGUUCAAGAAGCGGCUACUUGAAAACUAGGCUUCAUAGGCGCUGCUCCUUGAGAAUCGGAUUCUCUAGGAGCGGCAACUUGAGAACUAGGCUUCAUAGGAACUGCUCCUUGAUAAUCGGAUUCUCUAGGAGCGGCUACUUGAAAACUAGGCUCCAUAGGGACUGCUCCUUGAUAAUCAGAUUCUAUAGGUGUUCUCUUUAGACAACAUGGUUCACUAGGCUUGCUUGCUUGACAAAUAAACGCAUCAAGUCUUCGUGCCUAGCCACAGCGACUCUCAAGGCACGACUCCUUGCCAGAGAGCGUCUCUAGACGCGGCUUCUUGACAAGCUCAAAGAAAUGUUCACAAACUUCACAAACCACCCAAUUUUCCGGGUUUUCCGGCCUGAAAAUUUCAGAUUUAAAAAAAACCACAUGGAUUUUUGAAGCUAUAAUUUUAGAAUUUUUGAGCCCCCUGAUCUAUUUUUCGCCAUUCAAAAUUCAUUUUUCCAGCAGUCUCAACCUAUAAUCAUCAUUCAGAAGAUAUUGGUGGAGUUCCGAUGAGUACCAGUCAGGUGAGAUUUUCAGAGUUUUUUUCAGUCGUAAAAAAAUACGAAUUAUUUUCCAGCACGAUGAUCUUCGUUCUCCCAAAUCGAGUUCAACACUUCCCCGAACAUUUGCCAACGGAAUUUCACCCUCAAAAUCUGGAACAAUUCCCUCAUCUAAAAAAUUGUAA